AGUUCGCUUUUAGUCCACUAGAGAGCGCGGAACGCCGUGAAAUCGUGGAGCGACCCUGUGUGAAAUGGCGUCCCAAUGACAAGUUACUCGUUUUGACGCGUUCAAGAAGCUUCCCUUUGUCACCCGCCGUCAAUUUUUAGCAUUUUAUUCGCGGUCACCAGAGUGGGACCGCUGGCUCGCCGACGUGACUUAAUGCUCAACAGGUGAAAGUGGGAGAUUACGUACGUAGCAACACGCGGCUAAAGCUAAACUAGACCAACGGUUAUCAUCCAUCUAAGGUGCGUCGACAUAGCCCUCACGUGACCCGAGCACGAGAAAAUGGGAGAUGUAGUUUGCAAAGCCUUUCCUCACCACACGGGUACAGGAAGGACGCGGGAACGCGCAAUACAUGUCCCAGAAUGCACCGCGUUAUUGUUGUGAGGCGACGCCAUCUUGACUGGUCCUCAUGAAUAUCCAUCAGGAGCUUUUUGCGUCGGAGGUCGGCCGACGUUCAUUGCAUAUUCGAGCAGCGUAUUUCGGUCCAAGCGGGACGCACGGUCACGUCUCCGCCCUGAUAUGUCCCUCCACGCCCUGCCUACUCCUCCUUCCCAGCGACUCGAAUCGGUAAAAUGUUCCCCAUUGGCGACGGAGGAAAGGAAAGGCGAGGAGUGAGUGACGAGUAGUGGAACGAGUGACUACGGCGGGGACGUACUCUGGCUUUUAAAUGUAGACGCGGUCGGCGGAACCAAGUGCGCACCGUUAUUUCUUCCGAGCGCGGGGGACGUCUGACUGGCGGAGAUGGAGAGCGUGCAGGCUGCAGCUGACGACGGAGGCAAGUUGACGAAGAAGCCCAGCGGAGUGUCCAGCGGCCGCCGGACUCCAGCGACCGACGGCGGCGGACGUCGAGCUCCCUCCCCCGCAGACGUAAAGAACGGCAACGGUGUCCCCCACCCGGGCCGGGUCGCGGCUUUGAACGGCCGAGGCUUAUCCGGCAACUCGGGCUCCCUACUGCUACGACGCAGGCGCUUGAAGCGGAACCUCAGCGCCGCUGCCUCCUCCUCGGCUGUCGCGGCAGCCUGCGGUAAUGCCAAGAUGAGCUCGGCCCUGUCCUCUGCGUCCCUGCACACCCGGAGCCUGGACCGCAAGACCCUGCUCAAGCACCGGCAGAGCACGCAGCUGCAGCCCGCCGACCGCGAGUGGGUGCGCGCCGACCUCCACCGAGGCGCCGUCCAUGUCUACGACAGACUGACGUCCUCGUCGCCCAGGCCCGUCCUCUGCACGGCGGACACCACAGCUGGCGAGGUCGCGAUCCGCCUCAGCAAACUCGGCGGCAAGUCGACUUCUGUCGUGCGAUUUUUUAGCAAAGACAACCCCAAGAUGGACCAAAAUGGCAACUGCAGUGUCAAGUACGAGUACAACUACAAUCUGUGCGAGGUCAGCGACGACCCCGGUGUCAAAUAUAACCCCUUGUCCGGCCUGGAAGCCGCAGAUUUAAGGGCUCACCCCAGUGACAAGAUGAGACUGCUGCUCAUCACCAAUGCAGAUGAGCGACAACAGGAUGGAAAACUUUUCAGUCCCGAGUCGGAGUCCCAAGACAACAUAACGUGCUCGCUGUCAGACUUGAACUUGAACUCCAACGUGGACACCCCGAACGAUGAUGACUCGGAGCACCGGAACGGGACUGACAGCUACGGUCUCAACUCUGGCUCGGACGUGGAGAGCAGCGCUUUUGACGACCUGAGCUCCGGGGCCCGGCUCAGCGAGCACAGAGACUCCCUCAGCGACGACAUGAUUCUGGGCACGGACGCGUCCGUCCUCAGUCCGUCGUUCGACAGCGCCACGGAAGGCCACGACAUGUACGGCAGCUCUUCGGACGAGCUGGAUCUGGACUGCCCCGUGUCCGGCGCCACCCUGGACCCGAUCGCCAACGGCGUCGCCUACAAGCAGCGCGGCGCCGUCCGCCUGAACGACGCGGCCGACGGCCUCCCGACGAGCGGCAGUGCCGCCUCCUUGUCCAGAGACAGCUCCACAGGUAACACACCUGACAUCCAGCACCCAGACGGCGCCGCUGGCGAAUCAGCGCUGACCUCUGGCCUCUGUGGAGGCUCCUCAGAGGAGUCCAGCCCCACGCUUUAUGUUCAGCUGCAUGGCGAAGCCGUCAGGAGGCUUAGCCCAGAUGAGAGGCCCCUGCAGAUCCAGAAUGACUUUCUCUUUAAGCUUGGAUUUAAGGACCCUUGGAGAGUUCAAGAGGAAGGGCUUAACACAGAAAUGGGCUCCCUCCUACGUUUCUACGCAGGGAAGCCCCAAAACAUCGAGAGCUCCGAGCGGGUCCAGCUGUCGGGGAUGUACAACGUCCGCAAAGGGAAGCUGCAGCUGCCCGUCAACCGUUGGACCAGGCGGCAGGUCAUCCUCUGCGGAACCUGCCUCAUCGUCUCCUCCGUCAAGGAGAGCCAGACGGGCAAGAUGCACAUCCUGCCGCUCAUCGGAGGGAAAGUGGAGGAAGUGAAGAAGCACAAUCACUGCUUGGCCUUCAGCUCGGCCGGGCCGCAGAGUCAGACCUACUACGUCAGCUUCGACAACUUCACGGAGCACCUCCGCUGGCACAGGCACGCUGCCAAGAUGGUCUCGCAGAGGAUCAACUCGGUGGAUCUGUCCUGCUGCAGCUUGGAGCAGCUUCCCCCCAACCUCUUCUACAGUCACGACCUCACCCACCUCAACCUCAAACACAACUUCUUGCCCGCAGACCAAUGGUUGCAGCAGCUGCAGAGGUUCUCUCGUCUGCGGAGCCUCAACCUGUCCAACAACCACCUGGGCCAAUUCCCGCCGGCCAUCUGCGACGUCCCCACGCUGACCGAGGUCAACCUCAGCUGCAACUACCUGCCUUCUGUUCCCGGCGCCGUCGGGGCCAUGACCAAUUUACAAACGUUCCUGCUGGACGGCAACAGCCUGAGCGAGCUGCCCGACGAGCUGGGCUCCCUCCAGAGGCUGUCGUACUUGGGCCUCUCCUUCAACCAGUUCGGCCACGUGCCGCAGGUGCUGGAGCGGCUGGCGUCCAUGGAGAAGCUGUGCAUGGCCGGCAACAACCUGGAGACGCUCACCCUGCAGAACUUCCGGCUGCUCCGCGUCAGACACGUCGAUCUCAGGCUGAAUAAGAUCCGCAACAUGGUGCCGGACGAGCCUGACCUGCUGAGGCACGUCACGCAGCUGGACGUGAGGGACAACAGGCUGACGCUGUUGGACGCCUCGGUGUUUCCCCGCCUGGAGGUCCUCCACUGCGAGAGGAACCGAAUCUCAAGCCUCAAGGUCAAGGGCUGCCUCCUCAAGGUCAUCUACGCCUCCAAUAACGAGCUGCAGAGUCUGGAUGUCAGUCCUGUUCCAUCCAAUCUCAGUUACAUGGACAUCUCACGGAACCGUAUGGAGUCUUUGCCAGACUGGCUGUGCGAAGCGAAGAAACUGGAAGUGCUGGACGCCAGCCACAACCUUGUCAGCGAGCUCCCAGCGCGGUUGUUGUGCAGCGGCAGCCUGAGGAAGCUGAGCGUGGGACACAACCGAUUGCAGAAGUUGCCUGAGAGAGUGGAGCGCCCCCUCCUGGAAGUCGUCGACGUGCACCACAAUCAACUGGUGGAGCUGCCCUGCAACCUGUUCCUCAAAUGUGACAGCUUACGUUGCGUGAACGCCUCCGCCAAUAAACUGGAGCACCUGCCUCCGUCGGCGCUGUCGGAGGAGAGCCGCAGCAUCCUGCAGGAACUCUACCUGACCAACAACCGCCUGACGGACAAGUGCGUGCCCAUGCUGACGGGCCACUCGCAUCUUCGCGUUCUCCACAUGGCGUACAACCACCUUCAGACCUUCCCGGCCAGCAAAAUGGCCAAGCUGGAAGAGCUGGAGGAGGUGGACCUGAGCGGCAACACGCUGAAGACGGUGCCCACCACCAUCAUGAACUGCCGACGCAUGCACACGCUCAUCGCCCACUCCAACUGCAUCGAGGUCUUCCCCGAGGUCAUGCAGCUGAUGGAGAUGAAGUGCGUGGAUCUGAGCUGCAACGAGCUGAGCGAGAUCACGCUGCCGGAGAAUCUGCCUCCCAAGCUUCAGGAGCUGGACUUGACCGGAAACCCGCGCCUCAACCUGGACCACAAGACCCUUGAGCAACUCAAUAACAUUCGUUGCUUUCGCAUCGAUCCGCCGCCGACCUUCUCGUCGAACGAGGCGCCCGGCGGCCCCGCCGUGUGGAGCCACGGUUACACCGAGGCCUCGGGGGUCAAGAACAAACUGUGUGUGGCGGCGCUGUCGGUGAACAGGUUCUGCGGGAGUCGCGAGGCUCUGUACGGCGUGUUCGACGGCGACCGGAACGUGGAGGUGCCGUACCUUUUGCAGUGCACCAUGAACGACGUGCUGGCCGAGGAGCUGCACAAGACCAAGAGCGAAGAGGACUACAUGACCAACACCUUCCUUGUCAUGCAAAGGAAGCUGGGGACCGCCGGGCAGAAGCUGGGCGGCUCGGCAGCCCUGUGCCACAUCCGCCACGAUCCCGCCGGCCCCGGCGGUUGCUUCGUGCUGACGGCCGCCAACGUGGGCAAGUGUCAGGCCAUCCUGUGCCGCAACGGAAAGCCGCUGUCCCUGUCGCUGCUCCACAACGUCGGCCUGGAGGAGGAAUAUCGCCGCGUCAGACAGCACCGAGCCAUCGUCACAGAGGACAACAAGGUCAACGGCGUGACCGACUCCACGCGCAUCAUGGGCUACUCCUUCCUCUACCCGUCCGUCAUCCCGUCGCCUUACGUGCAGACAGUCACGCUCACCUCGCAGGACGAGUUCUUCAUCCUGGGCAGCCGGGGCUUGUGGGACGCCGUCUCCCCCGGCGAGGCGGUGGAGGCGGUGCGCAACGUGCCCGACGGCCUGGCCGCCGCCAAAAAGUUGUGCACGUUGGCGCAGGGCUACGGCUGCACCGACAGCCUCAGCGCCGUGGUGGUCCAGCUCAGCGUGAGCGAAGACUGCUGCUCCUGCUGCUGCUCGGAGCCCCCCCGGCCACCCGCCAGCCCCGGCCCGGGCCCCUACCCGCCGACGUCGUCCUCCGGCAUCAAGGAGCGGCCCUCGGACGGCUCGCUGCCCGUGCCGCCGUCGUCCUGCAGCGAGAUGAGCAGCGAGAUCAGCACCAGCGAGAUGAGCAGCGAGGUGGGCUCCACCGCCUCGUCCGACGAGCCCCCGCAGAGUUCCCUGGUGCUGCUGCACGAGCAGGGCCAGCACCCGAACCUUCACCUGCACCACCAGGCCCACCCCGUGACGCUGCAGCACCAGCAGGCCCAGGCGGCCGCCCAGCCCUGCCCGUACCUGUUCGCCCGCGGCUGCUGCGCCCUCCACCCCGCCUGCUUGGCGAGCUCCUUCCAACGCCAGCUGUCCAGCGCCACCUUCUCCAGCGCCCUCUCCGACAACGGCCUGGACAGCGAGGACGAGGAGCCCAUCGCCGGCGUCUUUUCCAACGGCAGCCGGGUGGAGGUAGAAGCGGAUGUUCACUGCCUGAAAACGGAUUCCUCUUCCUUCUCCGGCCACGGGCAAAACGUCGCGCUUUGCCUCCCCCCGCCCCCGCCCCCGCCCCCACCUCCGCCGCCCUGCACCCCCGAGCCCCCGGACGAAGGAGGGGAGGUGAGCGAAAACGGCCUCGAAAGAGACGCGGACUGGCAAGGCGACGGAGCGAAGGCGGCGGCCGGAAAGAGGAGGGCCAACGGCUCGGUGGCCCGCCAGGAGAAGAGCCACAACCUCAUCGAAGUGGCCGCCGACGCCCCCUCCAAGAAGCCCGGCGGGUAUUUCACCGCCCCGGCGCAGCCCGACCCCGACGACCAGUUCAUCAUCCCCCCGGAGCUGGAGGAGGAGGUGAAGGAGAUCAUGAAGCAGCAUCAGCAGAAGCAGCAGAAGCCGCCCGGGACCGACCAACCCGCGGACUACUUCGACACCCCGCUCUAGAACACCGGUUCCAGCCUCGUCUCGUCUCGUCUCGUCUCGGCAUGCUCGCGAGGCCCCAUCUCCAAUUUUGAUGCAAUUUUCCACAGCAGCUCCCCACUGGAAAAACACGCAGAUGAGCCCUUUAACCAAACUGGACCCUCGUCAACGUCCUCAUUUUUUGUUUUUUUUUUUCUUUUUUAACCUUUGACACCCUAAUAUCAAUACUCGUCCCUUUUUCAUCGCCCGUGUUAAUAUGCAUCCCCGGCUUUGUUUGAACUCACCGUAUCGUUUCACUCGAACUUUUUAAGCGCGACACGCAUGAUCUUUUUUUUUUCCCCCUCCCAACUUUGAGGAACGGUACACCGCUAAUCGCUGUAGGCCGGCCACUUACGAUACUGUAUUUCUUCAGUAAACCUGUACAAUGGCAUAGACCUUUUUUUAUUUUAUUUUAUUUUUUUUUUUUUUUUUUUUGUAGAAACUGAAUACUAACUCCUAGGAGUUGCAUACUCUAUAUGGUGACUCAGUCACUUUUACUAAUCUUCUCUGAGAGAAAUGGUGAUUUUUUUUUUUUUUUGUUGUUUUUCUUUUUCCAAUGAUUGUAAAUAAGAGAAAUGUUGUAUACAGAUGCUUUUCAAGGGUCAAUGUCGUGAAGGUUUUUGGAGGAGGACGUGCGGGCGUUUGCUAUCGUGGAGGUUGACCGUGUCCCCCCCCCCAUCCGACCCGACGAGCACCGCCGCCGCCGCCUCUUCCCUCUUUUAUAUUCCCUUUAUACUCACGGGAAGAACAACAACAACACAUUCACAGGUGCAAUUUCAGUUCAAACAUGUCAGGCAACGAGACCGCACUCCUCCUCCUCCUCCCCCCCCCCCUUCCUUCCCCAUCCCUCUUUUUUUGAUUUUUGAUGUCCUGUAGUCAACACUGUAUCUAAUAAACACUAAUAGAAAGAUUGAUUUUUUUACACAUACAUGGAGAUUGGCAUUCUAUUUUCAUAACACAGGCCCCCGCCCCCCUCCAACCGUAAUCGUCACCACCGGCAUGAUCAUGUCGAGCUCAGUAAUACAAACAAAUAUAUGCCCACGUGAAAAAGAGACGACACAGAUG